ACUUUUUGUUGAAAUUGUGAUCGAAAUGGGUGAAACUAAACCAACCAGGAUGGAAGAGGAUGAGGACGUCUCCGAGGCUGAUGCCAGUAAAGAAAUGAGCUACGAGGAGAAAUUGACGAAUGUCAAUACUAUAGCGAAACCCAUGGCUCCGAAAAAACUAACCAAAAAAAUUUACAAAUGUAUCAAAAAAGCAUCAAAACAGAAAACUUACCUCAGAAACGGAUUAAAGGAUGUACAGAAACAUCUGCGUAAAGGUGAAAAAGGAUUGGUGGUAUUCGCUGGCGAUGUAUUUCCUGUGGAAAUAAUGUGUCAUUUACCAAUAGUUUGCGAGGACAAAAAUUUACCAUACUGUUACACACCUUCGAGACAAGACAUCGGCACAGCAAUGGGAGUGAAACGAGGCAGUUUGAUGGUUCUGAUAAAAGAGCAUCCAGACUACAAAGAACUUUACGACGAGAUCAGCGAAGCAAUGACACACCUUGCUUCACCCCUUUAAUUUAACAAGUACUUCGUAACAUUCUAAAUAAAGAUAUUUUUUAAUAAGGUA